AUGUCCUCGGAUCAAAGUGGCGAUAUAUCAGGCUACCAUCAGAGCGUGGUGCGUAACCCGCCCGGCUGGGAGGUGGGCAUCUACCUGGUGGGCUUCCUCGUGCUGCUGUGUGUGGCUGGGAUCAACCUCUGGAAGCUGUGGAAGUCUGGCACCUUCCCCAAGCCGUCGCCCUUCCCCAACUUUGACUAUCGGUACCUGCAAGAGAAAUAUGGAACUUCCUUCUCAGAAGUCAGACAAAAGAGAGUGGUGGCCAACAACCACCGGAGGACCUCCACCACCUCCAGCCGAAAACCCAGCCUGGCCCUCGGCGAAACCACGGAUUGCUUCAGGGACCUGGGCCACCUGGAGCUGAUGAGCAGGGAGCUGGACCCGAGCGGCAUGGCCCAACUCAACCGCUCCAUCUCCACCGACUCGCUCAGCUCCAUCUCCUCCAUCGCCAACAACUUCGGCCACGACUAUACGGUGGGCCAGUUGGAGGUGACGCUGGAGUAUGAACCGCCCAGGCCACCGGGCCAGGGGAUGGGGAUGCUCCACAUCACCCUGCACCAGGGGAAGGACCUGCUGGAGAAAGAGGAGGGAGACUUCCCAGGCUGCUUCAUCAGAAUCUCCCUGGGGCCAGAGGAGCUACCUGUGGGAGUCACACGGGUCCAGCCCAAUGCAUUCACCGUGAUUUUUGUAGAGCGCUUCUCCAUCCCCAUGGAAUCGUCCAAUUUGGAUGAGUACAACCUGCUAUUCUCCGCGUUUGGCAUCGACGCUGACGAGAGGAACACCAGCGCAGGAGUGGCAGAUCUCAAGCUGUCAGACCUGGACCUGACCAUCAGACCCUUCAACGCCUGGCUCUACCUUCAAGAUGUCAAUAAGGCCGUAGAUGCAGUCGGUGAGAUCCUCUUGUCUCUCAGCUAUUUGCCCACAGCAGAGCGCCUCACUGUCGUUGUGGCCAAGUGCAAGAGCCUAGUGUGGACCAACGGCAGGACCACGGCAGACCCGUUCGUCAAAGUUUAUCUCCUGCAAGACGGCAGGAAGAUCAGCAAGAAGAAGACGUCGACCAAAAGGGACGACACAAACCCCAUCUUCAACGAGGCCAUGAUCUUCUCUGUGCCGUCCCUCGUCCUGCAGGAGCUGUCGCUGAGGGUGACAGUGGCCGAGGCCACAGACGACGGUCGGGGGGAGAACCUGGGUCACGUGAUCAUCGGUCCCGAGGCCAGCGGGAUGGGGAUCACCCACUGGAACCAGAUGCUGGCCACUCUGAGGAAACCUGUGUCCAUGUGGCACCCCCUGCGCAGGAUCUAGUCCCCUCUGCCCUUCCACACAUCAGACCUGUUUCAAGUUAAAACACUCGCUUCUUCAUCGU